GGGCCCCCAACCCUGCUCGCUUCCAGCUGGCCUCCCGUAGGCGCCUAGGGAUGUCGGUCUGCUACGGUCCCCCGGGGAACGAGACGCUGCUGAGCUGGAAGCCCUCGCGGGUCACAGGCACGGCCUUCCUGCUGCUGGCGGCGCUGCUGGGGCUGCCUGGCAACGGCUUCGUGGUGUGGAGCUUGGCGGGCUGGCGGCCCGCACGGGGGCGACCGCUGGCGGCCACGCUCGUGCUGCACCUGGCGCUGGCCGACGGCUCGGUGCUACUGCUCACGCCGCUCUUCGUGACCUUCCUGACCCGGCAGGCCUGGCCGCUGGGCCAGGCGGGCUGCAAGGCCGUGUACUACGUGUGCGCGCUCAGCAUGUACGCCAGCGUGCUGCUCACCGGCCUGCUCAGCCUGCAGCGCUGCCUCGCCGUCACCCGCCCCUUCCUGGCGCCCCGGCUGCGCAGCCCGGCCCUGGCCCGCCGCCUGCUGCUGGCCGUCUGGCUGGCCGCCCUGGUGCUCGCCAGCCCGGCCGCCGUGUACCGCCACCUCUGGGCGGACCGCGUGUGCCAGCUGUGCCACCCGUCGCCCGCCCACGCCGCCGCCCACCUGAGCCUGGAGACCCUGACGGCCUUCGUGCUGCCCUUCGGGCUGGUGCUCGGCUGCUACGGCGUGACGCUGGUGCGGCUGCGGGGCACCCGCUGGGGCGCCAGGCGGCACGGGGCGCGGGUGGGCCGGCUGGUGGGCGCCAUCGUGCUGGCCUUUGGCUUGCUCUGGGCCCCCUACCACGCUGUCAACGUGCUGCAGGCGCUCGCCGCGCUGGCUCCGCCCGAAGGAGCCUUGGCGAGCCUGGGCGGGGCGGGCCAGGCGGCGCGAGCCGGAACCACGGCUCUGGCCUUCUUCAGCUCCAGCGUCAACCCGCUGCUCUACCUCUUCACCGCCGGGGAUCUACUGCCCCGGGCGGGUCCCCGCUUCCUCACGCGGCUCUUCGAGGGCUCCAGAGAGGCCCGAUGGGGCGUCCAGUCUAGGGUGGGGGCCAUGGAGCUCCGAGCUACCCCUUGGCUCAAAGUGCUGGGGCAGGGCCAUGGCAAUGGAGACCCUGGGGGCGGGGCGGAGAGGGACAGUCAGGGAUGAGACCCUUGACGUCAAACCCUACAACCGGGCCUGCU